GGACAGGAAACGUGUUCCUGAUGUUAGAGGAAUCCAGAACCAGAUCCAGAAUCUGUGGGAAUUCUCUGCCUCAGAAGGCAGUGGAGGCCAAUUCUCUGGAUGAUUUCAAGAGAGAGUUAGAGCGAGCUCUUAAAGAUAGCGGAGUCGGCGGAUGUGGCGAGAAGGUGUCCAGGACUCAACAUGUUUGUUUCUUUGAUGCAGAGAUGUUUCCAAACAACCAAGAAAAUUGAGAAAUUGACAUCAUGGUUUCCAAAUGAAUCGAGAAAAAUCACUACCCAUCAUUUAUUAAUGCCUUAUAUGCAAAGAAUUCCCUUGCACCAAAACAUUAAGUGCCUCGAAAGAUCAGCAACUUCCCGAAUUCAGAUGAACUCUUUUCAUGUGUCCUCUCAAGCAUCCAAGAUGAAGAAAGUACAGGAACCAGAGAAACGUGAAUUAGACUUGAUAAGAUAUGACUUUAAAGAACUGAAGAACAGUCCCAAAGCUGCCCUCUAUCUUGGUUGUGGUGGAUUAAUUCCUUUUGUCUCGGCUCCUCUGAUCAUGGCCGUUACGGAAACAUAUUUCCCUGAAGUAGCUUUUGCCCAAAUAGCAUAUGGAGCAUCAAUACUGUCCUUUCUUGGAGGGGUACGGUGGGGAUUUUCAAUUCCAGAAAACAGCCCUGCAAAACCUGACUGGCUGAAUCUGGGAAACAGUUUGGUUCCUUCUUUAUUUGCCUGGAUAGCCCUACUCUUUCAUGACAAUCUCACAGAGGCAGCUAUUUUGGUUAUCAUGGGUCUUGGUAUAGCGUUACAUUAUGACUUAAACUUACUCCCAGGUUAUCCAAAUUGGUUUAGAGCACUUCGAACAGUGCUGACUGUGGUAGCAACAUUCUCUUUGGUUGCUUUAAUAAUAGUAAAAAAUACAUAUCCUGAGAAAAAGUUAGUUUCAAAUGAAAAAUAAAUUUAAAGGGAAGUCAAUAUUAUUGUUUCUUCAAAUUGGGUAACUGUAGAGAAUUUGUCUUCUUAAUUCAAAUAAACGAUCAUGUACAAAAUAAAUCCAGAUGAGAGGAUUAACAAAUAAUUCAUGCCUAUAUAAUGUUUAGGGCAGGAUGAAAAUCUGAAAUCUAAAGUUGGUUUUAUCAGCAUUUGUAAUCCUUUUUGAGUUUUAAGUCUUAUUUACUGACAAUGCAAAAAGUUGAUGAAAACAUCAUCAAACAAAGAAGAAAAUAGAUUUAUAAGUGAACCAAUUUAUCCUGGACAGAAUUCUUUAUGUUAAAGUAUAAUUUGGUCUUAUGAGAUAAUUCAUUGGUGUUUUGAUUACUGGAUGCAAUCCACUUUUUAAGUAAAUUAUUUAUAAAACUGGAUAUAACUAACAUUAAAGUUUGGCCAAUAUUUGCACAUCAGGAUCUAAAAAUAAAAAAGUUACAUUAAUGAUGUACUAAACUAAAAUAUUCAUUGUAGUUUAAAAGGAGCCUGGGAGAUAGAAGCCUAUACAUUUAGGAUAUGUUUUUAUGCUGAGGGAUAAUGGCAGCUGAGUGAGAUGUUCCUGCUUCUGCAAAUUAAAUCUGGCUAUCAGCUGGGAAAUCAUGCAUAAGGAACCACCAUCCCACCGGCAAAACACACAGAGACUGCAAUCUGCUGAUAUCAUGUAGUGCCAUUCUGUUGUUGGAGCAUUCCCCAGACAUUUUCUGGGAGAGGUUUGAUAGACCUAUACAGAGAGGUAGGCCUAUACAGCUGCUGAGGGCGCGAUGGGGAAGAGUGGAGGUGGUCAGAGAUGAUGGGACUGAAGCAGUGGAAGAGGAAAAAUGAGGGGUGCAGGCAAGAUCACAUGUGGACAUGAAAACAUAAACGUGCCAAAUCUGUGCCAGAGAACUUGGUCUCCAAUCGUCCUGGGUAUUUGACUAAGCCCUUGGUUUGUUAAGUCUGCGUGGUAGCUGAUAUGC